AUGGGGGACCCUGCCCACAACCAGUAUGAGUUGCUGGGGGACCCCGCCCACAACCAGUAUGGGUUGCUGGAGGACCCCGCCUACAACCAGUAUAAGUUGCUGGGGGACCCCGCCCACAACCAGUAUGAGUUGCUUGGGGACCCCGCCCACAACCAGUACGAGUUGCUGGGGGACCCCGCCCACAACCAGUAUGAGUUGCUGGAGGACCCCGCCCACAACCAGUAUGAGUUUCUGGAGGACCCCGCCCAUAACCAGUAUGAGUUGCUUGGGGACCCCGCCCACAACCAGUAUGAGUUGCUGGAGGACCCCACCCGCAACCAGUAUCAGUUGCUGGGGGACCCAAUUCUAACCCGGAAUCACUAUGGAAUUUAA